GAGGCUGAGUUACAUUAUUCAGAUAGCCAAUCACACAGCAUUAUACAAAUCCUGAGAUCCAAGCUGACACCGCUCUCUGUCUUGGAAGACAAAACUAUUUGGAGUGUAUUUUUUGCUGAGUGCCACGUGUAUAGGAUCAGAAGGGAAAAGAUCGAGGCUUUGGGCACUUUUUGUUUUCUGGCAGAGGAAAUCAGAGUGACAAUGUCUUUCUCUUUCAGAUAUGUUUUCCUUUUACAGUCUUUUAGCCUCCUCAGUGUUCUUAUUCACUGUGAAAAAACAGAGACCGAGGAAGAAAAAAUUCAAAUGGAAGUAGUAUACCUCCCAAGUGUCUGCACACAGAAGAGCAAAAGAGGAGAUCUGGUCAAUGCACACUACGAUGGCUACAUAGCCAAAGAUAUGUCCAAAUUCUAUUGCAGUCGCAGUGAAAAAGAUGGUCACCCCAAGUGGUUUGUUCUUGGAGUCGGACAAGUGAUCAAGGGCCUUGAUAUUGCUUUGGUGGACAUGUGCCCUGGAGAAAAAAGGAAAGUGGUCAUUCCCCCAUCUCUGGCCUACGGAGUGCAGGGUUAUGACAAAAUUCCACCUAAUGCAACUCUGAUCUUUGAAAUUGAGCUGUAUGCAGUCACCAAAGGACCACGCAGCAUAGAGGCAUUCCAACAAAUUGAUUUGAACGAGGAUCAGCAACUUUCCAGAGAGGAGAUAGGUCAUUAUUUAACAGAAGAAUUUAGGAAAGAUGGGAAACAGCGAGACCCUUCCAUGCACGGCCUGAUUUUAAAUGACAUAUUUAAGAAAAACGAUCACAACGAUGAUGGCUUCAUAUCGACAAAGGAAUACAAUGUUUACAGGCACGACGAAUUAUAGCAUAUUAUUGUACUACAGGUAGCUAGUUAUGUAUUAAUUGUCACAAAUCAUUUGUGCCCAUGCAGGUCUCUUGGAGUGUAACAACAUUUUUUUUUUAAAUGAAUCAGUUCAUUAUCCUCAGCUUAAGACUGACAUUUGUGACUCAUGUUCCUUUUCCAAAGUUUUUAUAAAUGGGC